AAAAAGCCUUUUUAACCCUAAAACACCGGCUCUCAACAACAACCGCAUCUCUCAAUCGAUUUCAGCAUCGAUGAUCUCAAUCAACCGAAUGAACCCCUGUUUCAGCGUCGAUGAUCCUGUAGUUCACUGCAUAAGGCUCGAGACGUCUGACUAAGCAUCGAUCCUUAUUCAAUUUCAGCAUUGUUCCUCAAUUAAUUUCAUCACUCUUUCUGAUUGUCGAAUUCUGCGACUCUACAUAUCACCGAUUUUGUGGACAAAUGGAAAGAGGCAGAGGAUCCCCCUUCAAGAAACGCCCAAACCCUCGCUUCAACAAGGGUGGCAACAAAAGAGGGAAAUUUGAUGAUGAAGAAUCUUCAGAAAGCUCUCAUGUUUCAGAAACAGUCUACCGAAUCCUAUGCCAAUCCAGAAGAAUCGGCAGUGUAAUCGGAAAAGGUGGCACUGUAGUGAAAGCCUUACGUGAAGAAACCCAAGCUAAAAUUACAGUUGCGGAAUCUGUCCUUGGUUCAGAAGAAAGAGUAAUCAUAAUCUACAGUCCUUCUGCAAAAGCUCCAGUAGUAAAAAAUGACGAUGAUGAUGAUAAUGAUUUGGAGCUGCAUUGUGCAGCUCAAGAUGCUCUUGUAAAAGUUCAUGAUAGGAUUGUUGAGGAAGAUAUUUUUGAUGAUGAGGAAAGUGUGGUGUUUUGUCGAAUGCUUGUUCCAAAUAACACAGUUGGGUGUCUUUUGGGGAAAGGUGGUGAAGUUAUUAAGAGAUUAAGAGGUGAGACUGGUGCUGUUAUUCGUCUUUUGCCUGCAGAGCAGCUUCCUACUUGUGCUAUGGAGACUGAUGAGUUGUUGCAGAUAUCAGGCACACCAGAUGUUACAAGAAAAGCACUUGCUAAAGUCUCAACAUUGUUACAUCAAAAUCCACGAAAAGAUGAGCCACCAUCAAACAGUCGACCCGUGGGCCCCCCACGGGCCUUUCAGCCAGGUGCACCACCGCCGCCUGAACGUGGGCCAUACACCUACGGUGCACCGCCACUUCCAUGGCGGGAGCCACCACGAUAUGGGCCUCCGGCCAUUGAUCCUGUUCAAAUUGAAGAGACACCAAUUGAGUUCCCAAUGAAAAUUCUUUGCUCUGAAGCAAGAAUUCAUGGAGUUAUUGGGAGAAAUGGGAUCAGUUUAAGACAGUUUCAGCAAGAAACGGGUACAAGUAUCCAUGUGGAGGAUCCACUUCUAGGCUCAGAUGAAAGAGUCAUUGUUGUCUCUUCUUUUGAUGCUUUACAGAAACCAAGGUCAAGAACAAUUGAUGCGAUUCUUCUUUUACAAGAUAAAACAAGUGAGCAUGAUGAAAAGGGAAUAAUUACAACACGUGUUUUAAUUCCUUCUAGUAAAGUAGGCUGCAUUCUUGGCCAAGGUGGCAUGAUAAUCAAUGAAAUGAGGAGAAGAAUUAAAGCAGAUAUCCGUGUCUAUCCUAAAGAAGACAAACCAAAGUGUGCUGCUGAAAAUGAAGAGCUUGUUCAGGUGUCGGGGAGUUAUGGUGUUGCGAAAGAAGCUUUGGCUGAGAUUGCAUCAAGAUUUAGGGCAAGAUAUCUUAGAGAUACAAAACCUGUAACAGAGGUGGUCCCACGAGGUGGUCGUUAUGAACCUUUUAAGCGCGAAUAUAAUCCACAUCAGCAUCAACAUCAACAUCAACAUCAACAUCCUCCUCCUAGUUACCUUGCUCCUCCUCCUCCUCCAAGAGAGUAUCAACCUCAUACUUAUCAUGCCCCUCCAGUGGAAUAUGCAACCCAUGCUUAUCCAGUUCCUUCACACGCAUCAGGAUAUCCAAGUGCUGUUGAUAUGAAUGUGGCAAACAGUGGACAAGCUUCGGUUCCGGGUCCCCCUGGAGUUCACAACCCUAGUGAGGUUGCAGGAACAAUGGUGAACAGUCAAGAUCCGUAUGCACAACCAGUUGCAGUUGCAGCCACACAUGGUGUGGUGGAUGUGUACCAAGCAUACGGUGGGGCUGCAGGCGGACAAACCCAUCCUGUUCAGGUUACUUAUGCUGAAAACUAUGGUACCCAGCAAGAUCCCUACUCUUCUGCACACACAUCAUAUUACACCACCACGACCACCGCCCCUGCCACCACGACCACCGCCCCUGCCGCCACUGUCCCAACCUACCCCCCUCAGCAAGGCCAUUACACCACCACCCAGACUUCUCAGCAGUAUGGACACUAGUUUUAGUUUGGGGCAUAUUUGAUUUACUACCAGACCUUUUUAAAGACCACCCGAUCAGAUCAUGUUGUUGACUUUUUAGAAUGUUGACCAGACUUAAUUGUUAUGACUUAUGAUUCAAAAAAAAAUCUUGGGGACUUUUCUUGCCUAGAA